CGUAAAUAGCUGGUCUGUGACGUGUCUUCGCGAAUAUGUAUGCUUAUCAAGCACUCACCGCUAGCUUUCAACAGCUAGGGGUCAGUCAAGACGGUGAAGCAAUGUCAGAACCAUUUUCGCCAACGUCCUCUCUCGCAGAGGACGUUAGCGAUACAAAGCGUAUUGAGGACGAUGCUUUCUUCAAGCCAACAAUCGAAGACGAUGGUUUAAGCGAUGUACCGGAAGCUGAGAAAGAUACCAUCAAUGUCAGAUCUUUCGACGACGACGAUAAUGAAAUCUUCAAGCUUCGUGCAUACCAAGACGAGAUGCUCGCAGAGAGUCUGAAGAGGAACACCAUCGUUGUGCUAAACACUGGAGCUGGUAAAACACACAUAGCCCUUGCUAGGACAAGAGCAGAACUGGAACUGGACGAGCCAGACAAACUUGUGUGGUUUCUGGCCCCCACAGUCGCCCUUUGUCAUCAACAUUACAAGUCAGUCAAAACAAACUUGCCGGCAUAUCAAACAAGACUCCUCACAAGCGAGGAUGGCGUCGACAUAUGGACCGAUCAAACAGUAUGGGAUGGCGUUCUCAAGGAUAUGAAAAUCAUCAUCAGCACUUACGGUGUCCUCUACGAUGCUCUCUGCCACGGAUUCGUUGCCAUGAAGAGACUUUCGCUGUGUGUCUUCGACGAAGCACAUCAUUGCACUAAGAAGCAUGCUUCUAACAUGAUCAUGCAGCAGUUCUAUCGGCCUGCCAAAGAUGCCGGGCAAUCUGUACCAAGAAUCCUAGGUCUCAGUGCUAGUCCGGUGAUGAACGCUAAAGCUGGAGGUUUAGAAGUACUUGAGACGAACAUGGACAGUCACGCCAUCACACCAAGACUGCACAGAUCAGAAUUGAUGCAAUACGUACAUAUCCCAGAGCUCAUGAAGAUGUCUUUCCAAAGUCAGGAGGCACCCGACGUUCCCAACUCUUUGCGAGAAACUCUGACUACAAUCAUCCAUCAAUACAAGAUACGCGAAGAUCCAUACCUUGUCGAGCUCAUCGAAACUGGAGGUCCGGACAUGAAAACUAGUGUCAACGAGAUACUUAUGUCGCGCAAGACUUAUUGCACAGAUCAGCUUAGAGCGCUGAGAACGCGUGCAGAAGUCAUCGCCAGAGACAUCAGCCUAUCAGCAUCGGAGACAUACAUCCAAGCUUGCCGUGACAAGUUCCUCGCAGGUAUCCAACAAAACAAUGCUUCGUGGAUGCCGGAACUUUCGGACAAGGAAAAAGGCCAUCUUGCACAGAUUGUCAGUGGUCUACGUGUGGACUCUGCCAUCUCGGACUCGACUGCAAGUCCAAAACUUCAGGUGCUUCUGGAAAUACUGAGAAAAGAAUCUGGUCCUUCAUUUACUGGAAUUAUCUUUGUUGAGCAAAGGGCUGUUGUUGCAGCUUUGGCAGAAUAUCUGGCCUCCAUACCAGAGAUGUCACAACUAUUUAAUAUCGGCACGUUUGUUGGAGGCUCGAACUCAUCCAAGAAAAAGUCGACCAUUGGUGACAUCAACGACUUGAAAGCACAGCAACAGACUCUGGACGACUUCCGGAUAGGGAAGAAGAAUCUGAUCAUUGCGACAAGUGUGCUUGAAGAAGGUAUUGACAUAUCUUCUUGCCAAACAGUCAUAUGCUUUGACGCUCCUCUCAACCUCGUGUCAUUUGUUCAAAGACGUGGUAGAGCAAGAAAGAAGGACUCAAAAUACAUCAUCCUGCUGGCGGACGAUGACAUCAAGGGUGAACCUACCAAAUGGAAUCAGCUCGAAGAUCGCAUGAAAGCAGCGUAUGAAGACGAAUACAGAAAUGCUCAGUUGGCAGCACAACUCGAGCAAGUUCACGAAGCGGAUGGCAGAAAAUAUGAAGUACCCAGCACAGGCGCUCUCCUCACUCUCGACAAUGCAAAGUCGCAUCUAUACCAUUUCUGCGCUACGCUUCAAACCACCAGCUAUGUCGACCAUCGACCAGUAUUUGACUGUCGAACAGAUGCAGAAGCUCUUGUCACUGCGAAUGUCCUCUUACCAUCAUGUGUGAACAAGAAGUAUCGAAAAGCUGUCAGUGCACAUGGCUGGCGUACCGAAAGAGCAGCCAUGAAGGAUGCGGCUUUCCAAGCUUGUGUAGUAUUGCAUCAAGCUGGCCUACUGAAUGAUCAUUUGCUACCACCUCAUAUCCAGACUCCUGACCAGGCACGUCAAAAUCGACCUGGUCUGAUUCCAGUCGCGAAGAGAGUUGAUCCUUGGUCACUAGGUGAAGCAAACUCUUGGUUUAGACAUACAGUCGAGCUUGAGAUUGAGGGUCAGCCUAGCAUCUCGAUGGCGAUGUUCUUACCUAUUGAAUGUCCGAAGAUUGACGCUAUUCAAUUGCAUUUGAGCAUGUCUGUCAGCGGUGUUGCGAAGAUUGGGCCUGGCCAACCAUGCACAUUAAGCGUUGAUGAAAUCGCUCAGAAACGAAGAGAUACCGAAACUAUUCUGCUCUCAGUGUUGUCGCCUGUUGAUAUCGCAGAUGCAAAAGGAAACUACGCCGCAAUGUUCGAACCAUUGGAUAAUCAAGAUCGAGCCCAGCUUAGCAGAAAAAGCCUGCCAGCGAGUCAAGUGCUCUCUACUGCUCGAUCGGCUGCAGAUGUUGGCCUCGUUCGCCUCAAUGGUCAAAUUGGCCGAACAUUUGUUUUUGAGAGUAUACAAGGUCAAUCUCAACAGAUUUUGGAAGUCACCAAAUUCCCCAAGAAACGCGACUUCCUGACCCAAGUUACCGAGGAAUCAAAGAAGAACAAACUGACCCGCGAGCAGCUUGCGACUUCCCAAUGCACAAUCGAUGUCCUGCCAGUCAUGUAUUCUUUCUUCGCGGCGUGUAUUCCUUCCAUUCUCCACAAAAUUGAAGCCGCCAUUCUCGCCGCUCGUCUUCAAACCACGCUCCUGGCACCAAUUGGUUUUACCAAUCUCCAACUCAUCAUCGAAGCCACCACCUCAGGUAAUGCCGAUUUCACUGCCAGCUACGAAAGGCUUGAGUACCUUGGUGAUGCAGUGUUGAAAUAUUGCACGCACAUACAGCUGUCGGCUCAGCAUCCCGAAUGGCCAGAAAGCUACCUUACCGCAGAGAAAGGAAGGACGAAUGGCAAUGCAUCGCUCUCCCGUGCUUGCUUAAGCAGUGGGGUAGAUAGAUAUAUCUCCACAACGAAGUUCACUGGAAAUCAUUGGAAGCCACCACUAUUGCCCGCCGAUGGCGCAGAAAAGGAAGAGAAGAAAGUGGACAGGAGCACAAAGACAUUGGCAGAUGUUGUGGAAGCAUUAAUUGGCGCCUCCUACAUCGACAAAGGUCUCGAAGGCGCACUCGCAUGCAUCCGAAUCUUCCUACCCAACGAACAAUGGCUCCCUCACUCAUCAUGUCUGUCUAUCCUGCUCAGCAACACGCCUUCUCUUCCUACCGUUCCGCCAUUCCUCAGCACAGUCGAACAACUCAUCGGCUACAAAUUCGUCAAUCCCUCCCUACUCCUCGAAGCACUAACCCACUCCUCCUUCUCCUCUACCGAAGCUCUAUCCUACGAACGCCUCGAAUUCUUAGGCGACGCAGUACUAGACCAAAUCCUCGUCCCCUCAAUCUUCGCCGCAAAACCAGCAUUAAAGAAUCACGAAAUGCACAGAAUGAGACAAGCACUGGCAAAUGCUCAUAUCUUGGGGAUAUGCGGUCUGGAACUUUCCCUCUGUGUUCCUCGCCUGGAAGCCAUGUCUACUUCUUCUGCAGCCGAAGAGGUGAAAUUGGAGGACGUAGGACAUGAAUAUCACCUCUAUGAUUUCUUACGCUGUGGCAGUAGCGUGCAUAUACAACGUCAAACCGCUUUGCACAGGUAUACACCCUUGCGCGAACAGAUCCUGCAACAACUGCACAAAGGACACGAAUACCCAUGGCCCGACCUGCUACGCCUGAAAUCCCCAAAAUGGAUGUCUGAUACUCUCGAAUCACUGCUCGGUGCAAUCUACAUGGACUCACAAGGCAGUCUCGCCGCCUGCAAAGCCUUUGUGGAGAAACUAGGAUUGCUGGACUUGAUGGAUAGGUUUUUGGAAGAGGGUGUGGCUGUUGGGUUUCCGAGGGAGAGAUUGGGUAUGUUGGCGAAUAUGAAUGGUGUAGAGUAUGUGGCUGAGGGGGAUGGAGAAGGAGGGUGGGGGUGUAAGGUGUUGGUCGGAGGGAGAGAAGUUGUUGAAGUGGAAGAAUGUGUUAGUAGGGAGGAGGCUGAGGUUAGGGGUGCUGCUAUGGCUGUGAGAGUAUUGCAAGAGGAGGUUAUCAGGGGGAUGGGAAGUGUAGAUCAAGAGAUGGUUGAUAUAGAGUGAUGAUGCGUGAGAAUUUUUUAGCUAUGUAGCAGACUAUGUAGAAGAAGGUAUGAAAGGAUAUC